AUGACCAGUAAGAAACAUUUUACCGAAAUCGAUAAGAAUACAUUCGUGGCAAUAUUAAAAAAGUUUUCGCACAUAGUAGAAAAUAAGAAAAGUGACAGUUCUACUCUGAAGAACAAAGAAGAUGCGUGGCAGAAAAUCACACAGCAGUAUAAUAUGUCGGCUGUGAUUUCAUGCAAGAGAAAUACUGCACAGCUUAAAAAGAUGUGGAGUAAUAUGACGGCUGCGCAACGAACCGCGAUCAUGAGGGAAAGGCAAUCCCGAUUGGCAACAGGGGGAGGACCGGCAGAACCGGCAGCCAAAAUCAACCCAGAAAUAGCGGAGAUCGUGCCAUCGUUAAUGCAGAAUGCGCCAAGUAUAUUAUCCUCCAAUUACACAGAGGAAGAGUUGGCGAACAGACGCGAAGCUAUAUUUCAUGGGGUAUACAUUUUGGACGAUGUUGAAGUGGAUGAUAAUCCAAUUUGUAUAAACACCAGUCAGGAAAGUACAAACAUUACACCGGAAGGUAAUGAUGAGGGCCGUGAAGAAGAAAACUGCAAUCGGUCCCUACAAUUUAAAAACUUAGAAAUUGAUCAAAUCGUGGACAGCGCGCUGCAGCGAAAACCGCAGAAAGCAGCCACUUCCACCGCUCCAAAGAUGGAUUAUGAUGAGAGGAGGUUGAAAUUCGAGCGAAUAAGACGGACAAUGAAAAGCGAAGAAUUGGCCGACCUAAAACUGCGGCACGAGGAACGGAAAAACCAAUUGGAAAUUGAAUUAAUGCGAUUAUUACAUUUCUGCAGCCCUGCUUCCGUAGUGUCUACGGAAUUCUUCCUCGUCAAAACAAUCAAACGGAUUACUCCCGUCUCGAAUGUAUCGCAUUGAUAUUUCUGGAUGUUCAUUCUGGAUGUCCUCAAUGUCUUCAAUGUCCUCGAUAUCCUCGAAGUCCAUUUUGUACUUAAUCAAAAUAAAUUGUUGAAUACACCACAA